GAUGAAAACGGGUAGCCUCUUUUUGGCAUGCGCAUCCAUUACUGAGCAAAUAUCGCGGCGCGGCGUCAAGAAGCAAAGCUUUGAAGGCGUAAUGAAAGAAGAAAAGUUAGAUGAUAAAGUAAAGGAUAUCGUUGAAUCCUUACAAACAAUCGACGAUAGAGACAGAAACACAAAUCUUGAUACUUUAUUCAAAAUAGAAAAACAGGAUUUAAUUUUCUUCAACUGCCCAAAUGAUGAGUUUAAUUUUCAAGAUCAGAAUUCAGAUGAUACAACAUCCAUUUUAAGGAACUACUCAAUUUCCUUAGCAAACUCUUUAACACCGAAUAACAACAUACAAGACGAUAUUGAAAAUGUUCCGAAUUCUCAACAGAAUGAGGAGACUGUCCCUAAUAGGGAACGGAGAAGAAUGUCAUAUAAAAACAUACUAGUCUCCUCUGAUUCAUCAUCAAUAACUGAUAGUUUGGAUUGUAGUGUUACGUCACCAGAUAGCGGGGUCAAUACCCCCGUAUUGUCUACUACUACUACUUCUACCUGCCGAACUAUUUCAUCUCUAAGGAUGAAUUCUCCAAAAGAAAAGAAAUCUAAACGUAGGAAGAGAAAGAUGGUUUCUAAGGGAAAAAGACUUGAAAAAAGAAUCCAAAAAUCGGCAUCGUCUGUUCUGAAAGACGUCAAAAUAGUUUCCGAGUCGAAAGCUAAGAUUAAAUACAAUAAAUCAAAGGAAUCUAGUCAAUCGAAAAGAAAAUAUAUAAGAAAGAAAAGAGAGAAAGACUCAAGUUCAUUAGGAUCGCAGGAUAAUUUAACUGUUAAAUCUUCCUCUACCUUAGCAAAAUACCUGAAUCGGGCAAAGAGAAACACCAUAAAUAAAGAUAAGAAUUCAAGAUUACGUAGUCAUUCCAAAUUGAUAUCAGCUAGUUCAAAGUCAAUAAGACCUAAACUUAAACGAAAGCGUAAUAGUACAGCAGAUAGGGAUAUUGUGGAACAGGGAGCUUUAGCAUACACACUCAAUUAUAAAGGUGAAACCAAAAGACUACGAGGAGGAUAUUUACUUAGAAAGAGAGCUUUAUCACUAAAAGAACUUGGAUUUGAAAAUAUUCUACAAAACUUUCCAAAGUCCAAAAGGAAAAGGAAGAACAAUAUUACUAAUAGACAAUUAUCUAAAGAAUCCAGCUCAUUAGGUCAAGCAUCCUCCGUGAAUUUGAUUGAUAAGAGUCUGGGUAAUGAUACAACUACUACUGCAUUCGAUGAACAUUCAACUUUGGCAUCUUUAUCAUCAAAUUGCGAAGAGACUCUGGAAAGAAAUAGUAUAAUUCAGAAAGAGAAGUCUAGAGAAGAAUUAUCCAAUAGCUGUCAACCUACGGCUUUACUACAACAAACUGGAGGAAAAUUCGUAGCAGAACCGUGGAACGAGAAGUCAUCUUACUAUCAAACUGUUCCCAUUAAUAAAAAUAAUAUACGCCUAUGCGAAGUUGCAUUCCUUAGACCGAAAGAGAAGAAAACUCUAAAACGAGCAGGAGGCGAAGAAGACGACGACACAUCGACAAACCACUAUAUCAGAUGCCAUAUGGAUCAAUAUCAACAAAAGAUAAUAGCUCUAAAACACUCUAUUAUUAAUAGAGAAUCGGAUAAACAGAAUGAAAAUACUAAAGAUGAUAAAAUGUUAUAUGAAGCUAUCUUCUUCGAAUCUCAAAAUAGAUGCGAAGAAAUUGUAACAAAUGUAGAGUUGACUACAUCUAUAGACAAUAAAGAUUUUUAUGGAGUUGUUGUCCUCAGACCUUCUUCCGCUGUUAGAAUGGAAAAUGAAAUAGAAUCUCCUACGGAUGAACUAUUCGACUAUUUUCAUUCUCAUUUUCACAGUUCAGUUAAAAAAAAUAUACAAGAUAUUGUAAUUUUGUUACCUAAGACUGUGAAACAAGGGAAUAUUGUUGAAAAUGACGCAGAGUUGAAUCGUCUACUCAUUUAA